GUAAACUUUGAUAAAGAAAAUCAAAGUCUAAAUUUAUUUGAUAAAAGAAUAACAAAGUAUAUGGAUUUCUCCUUAUGACGAAAGAUAAAACGUACACCACAGUCGACAAGGAAAGCAUAUUACCAGGUUGUAUUAUAUUAAUAUGGCAUUUCCCCUAACCAGAAGGCAAGCACAAGUGCCUAAACCAUGUGAAUUAUGUGAAACAGACACACACAUUAAAUGGAAAUGUGUGCAAUGCAACAAACUUAUGUGUGAUAAAUGUAAGAACAUUCAUUUAAAAUUUCAAACUCUAAUCAGACAUGAUAUUGUUGAUGCCUUUAAUUCAGUAGGGGGAAAAGACAUAGAGCACCGCAUAAUCACCGACAAUAUUCCAUGCGAGAGCCACAAGAAGUUCAACUGCAUGUUCUGUAGAACAUGUGACCGCUUCGUUUGUGCAGACUGUAUAACUGCCUUCCAUAAAACACACGAUCUUGAUUCUAUUGACACAGUGUGUGAUGAAAGAAAGCAGAAUCUAAAACAACUCAGAUCGAGAUUGUUUGAAAAGCUAGCACGUUUUGAAACUGAAGAAAAACAAAUCCAGGAUUUAAAAACCAAACACAACAAUUUUCUUGCUGAAUCAGUUGAAAAAAUUAACCAACAUGAGCAGCUGAUAAAAGUUGAAGUUAGUAAACAUGCAAAUGAACUCAGAAAACAAAUUGAAAAUGAAAGAUUAAGGAUAGAAAAUUUGAUGCUUAAAAAAGAAAAUCAAUGUGAAAAAAUGAAGGAAAAUUUGCUACAAAAACAAAGCGAUAUACAAGAAGUAUUAGAGUCAAGGCAAGCAGUUAAAGUUUUUACUGCUCAAAAAGAAUUUUGCACCAGCGAAGAUUCAGAUGCCCACUUCGAGACACUUCCUGAUGAAACAAAAUAUUUUAUUCCUCAGAUGGAUAAUUUGAAGAAUAUCUCCUACUUAUUCGGAUCACUUCAAAAGACAAACCUACCAAAGGGAUCGCCACAAAUUACUUUUGAAGUGAUCAAGAGCUAUACUACAAAUUUGAACACCGUAGAAAAAGUAUUAAUACUUGAUGACAAGACAGUUUGGAUUUCAAAUCGUGUGUCCUCUUGUUUACGUAAAAUAAACUAUGAUCUAACAAUCAAAACUUUAAAAGAUAUUUCUGUUCAGGUUUAUGACAUGGCACGGAAAAGUAAUAAUGAUAUUUUUCUGUCUUUGCAUGACAGUACUAACGUCUGUCUGUUAACAACAAAGAAAGGAACAAUUAAACCUUUCAUAUCUGUGUCACCACUGAUAACAUGUGGUAUACAUGUCACAAAACACAAUGAGAUUAUACUUGGUGUGAAAGAUGUGGACUCAUGCAAAGUAACCGACAAAAGUUGUAGAAAAAUUAUAAUCUUUGGAAUGAAUGGGAAACAAAAACAGUCUUAUGAAUAUGACAAAGAUAAACAUAGACUAUUUACUAUUCCUGUUAGAAUCACAACCAAUGUUAACAAUGAUAUAAUUGUUAUAGAUAGAAUAUCUGUUAAGGAUUGGAAGGUAGUUGCUAUAGACAAGGAGGGACAAGUAAAAUGGGCAUAUCAAGGAAAUCCACAAGUCAAUAGCGAUAAGCCAUUUCAUCCUACAGAUAUACUAACGACAUCAGAAGGACAUGUUCUAGUUAAUGAUUUUAUAACCAAUACAUUACACGUCUUAUCUGGAGAUGGAGAUAUACUGACAUUUCAUGCUAUGAAGGAUCAGGGAAUAUUUCAUCAAUACUCAAUGGAUAUUGAUUCAAAGGGACAGCUAUGGGUGGGAUGUCAUUCAGGGAGCGAACAGCGAUCAGAUGCUAGACUACAUGUUGUCAAGAUGGGUUUUUAAUCCAAGUUAGACACAAUAAA